CUGGCAGGCAGGGGGGGGUGGAGGUUGCCUUUGGGGUGUCGGAGCGGGUCCCGUGAAUUUUGGGAUGGCGCUGUGUACAAUGCGAGUGAGUUAGCGGCCAAAGUUGGGGAAAGUUCGCUGCUGAUCCGAAGUUCAUUCAUGUGGAAGCGCAGCGCAAACAUGCGGACUACAAACUCCAAAUAACGCGGACUUCUUCCCUGCUGCUGUUUUGUGGACGUUUUGCGCGUGGAAAGCAGAACUUGCAGGGUUUGCUGGAUCGUUUCAAUGGACUGUCGUCUUUCUUAUCGCUCUGUAAGUUGGACAAAGAUUGAUUUCAUGGCUGGAGACGAGCAUUUAUCACGAAUAUGGCCUAACUGAAGAUGCGUUGUAGCCUUGUCUCGGGUGUUUAAGGACAAUGAACUCCCCCCGUGAGCAGGAACUGACACCCUUAUCUCGGAAACACCGACUCAUGGCUGCAGCAAUGCCCGGGGAGGACAGCCCACUGCCCGGCAACUCGUCCAGGGCUGAGCGUAACGGAGUCGGGGGUCUCGUCCACUGCUUCAUAUGUGGAAGCGGAGUGACUCCGGGGAAGGAGCUGAGGUUACAAGUCACAUAUCAGGGAGAGAGGCUCCCCUUUUUCCCGUUUCUCCAAAACCAGGAGCCAGCCCCGGGCGCGUGUGAGCUGAGCCCGGACGGUUACGCGCUGGUGUGCGCCGUGUGCCACUGCUUCCUGACGGAGCAGUGGAACUCCUUCGAGCGGAGCAGGACGCCCAUCGAGAAGCGCAUGUACUGGCUGAAGCGACCGUAUCAGUGCGACUCUCGGCGGGUCCCGCAGGAGUGGAACAUCUCCUAUGAUCUGGAGAGGAGGAUCAGCGUCAGCAGCCAGAACUACGACGGCGGCGCAGAGUCUGAUUUCUCCUCCUUUUCCGAAAACGAGAACCUGUCAGAUCCAGAGCUGGAUUUAGUUGACAGGAGCGGUGUGAGCAAAGAUAAGUGUCUCAGAAUGUCUGGCAAAGUGACACGAGAUGGUGUCAGGAGAAACAAUGUCAUCAGUAUUAAAAGCAGCCCGGAGUCCCAGCGCGCGCUGCGCUGCGCGGUGGGGAUGUACGGAGCGCAGGGGUCGCCCAAAGCGGAGCGGGUUCAGUCAGCAUGGCGCGGGGCUAAAAUUAUGAAUAAUGUCUGUCAAUCAUCAGAACCUCUGGCAAAGUCCCAGGAGAGAUUCCAUCAGCGGGGCUAUGACAAUCCCCUAUCUGACCCACCUGUGCAAGACAAUGGAGUCAUUAUGCGUAACAGGCGCUGGCUGGAGGAGGAGAAUGUCAGACAUGUGGAACCGCGUCAGAUCCAGCAUACUGCCGACAGCAGCUGCGCUCCGUCCAGCCGUCCAUCGCUGCAGCAUCGAGGGGGUGCCGAGGAUCACUCCACCCCGUCCUCUGUUGGCAUGGCUGCUGCCAUCCCUAAACGCACCCGCUCUGCUCCCAGGGAUAACACAUCUGACAACUCAGAGGAGGACGAGAUCAACAUCACAAGUGAUGAUGACAGGAGCGCCUAUGGUCGCAACCACAUCACAGUCCUCUCAGCUGCAAAGUGUUUUCAAGCAGAUCACAGCGCAGGCUCCAGUCCAGAGGAGUGCGUGUGUUACAUCUGCGGGACUGGGCUCAGACAUGAUGGUCAGUUUAAAGUCAGUGUUCAGAAGCAGGAGAAAGCGCAGGAUGAACCUUUCUUCCCCUUCUUGUGGCUUCACUCUGCUCCCAGAGGUGCAGUUCCCAUCAGUCUGGCGGGCACCACCCUGGUCUGUGGCAGCUGCCACUCCUGUCUGAUGCAGCAGUGGCAGAGCUUCCAACUGGCGGAUGUCCCCAUCCUCCAGCGCUUGUAUGUUGUCCCUCUAAACCAGACUCUCCAUCACUCCCAGCUGGGGUGGGAAGAUAAAAAACACCCUGCAUCCACCGAAUGUAUAAGUGAACCCAAAGCCUUUCAUGAAGCGUGUUUCCUCUGCGGUCAGGAGUGCAGAGGAGACAUGAGAGCAGUGUACGCACAGGUCGGUGCUGGCAAAUCUCGAGGAGUGAUGUACUUUCCUUUCAUCAACCUGCUGCCUUGCCCCCCGAAUGCUCAGGGGAUGAGGAAUGGGCGUGUACGCUGCUGCCACCACUGCCACUGCAUCUUGGAGGACAUCUGGGCGGCGUAUCGGCGCAGCCUCAGCGAGGACCUCAUCACAUCUGUCAGCUCCUUCCUCAUUAGGUACCAUGCCUCCUUGCCAGCUGAUGAGUCUGGAGCUGUCUGCUCCCAGGCAGGAGUGACCACAAACCCCAGCAGUUCCAUGUCCGUGUGCUACCUGUGCGGAGCUGAGCUGAAUGCAGGAGAGGAAUAUCAGCUGCAUGUCAACCCCCCAGGCCGCUGUGGGGAGAGGGAGCCCUUCUUUCCAUUUCUCACUGUCCACCCUCCUGCACCCAGAGCCAAGCCAGUUGACCCUACAGGCCUGGUUUCAGCUUGUAAACUGUGCUUCCAUGACCUACAUGCUCAGUGGGCUCUUCAUGAGAGCAAAGGCCAGACUCCAUCAACCCCCUUACAGAAUGCCAACCCCCAGCAGCCCAGCUCACCCUGGGCCCGCCAGUACAGCUGUGAGACUUUUGUGUGUUUCUUCUGCAGGCAGGAGCAACGCAGGCAAGGUAGGCUGUGUGCUGUCACCGUGCCGCGGCUUCCCGUGUUCUUGUAUGCGCCCCGUAGCCCUCGCACACUCCUUGUGGAUGAUGGUGGGAGGCUGGUGAUUGGCUCAUGUGUGGAGUGCAAAGCAAUGGUGCAGCUGGGACAGAGCAUGCAGCAGGACACGUCUAGGAUAAGACAUGGAGCCGCAGCUCAGGAGAGGAAAGAUCCAGAGACGGCCUCACCACAGCCAAAACCCAAGGUAAAAACUGUGACUUCGAGUUCAGCUGGGGCCACUAAAGACGCAGACCCAGGUUUGGGGCCUUCUCAAUCUGCAGGUGAAAACACUCCUUCCCGCCCAGUGAGCUCAGAGGCCGAGAGAGUCGAUCAUCCACCUUCCAGCAUGAGCCAUGAGCCAAAGUCACCAUCAUUAGGAAUGAUCUCCACGGCUACACGUACCACGGCAACGGUCAGCCCCCUAACUCCAUCCCCUCUGAACGGCUCCAUCGUAGCAAAUGGAAGCCCAGCCACCCAGUCAGCCCACUCUGGAUUUGCUGCAGCUCUACGUAAACUGGCAAAACAGGCCGAAGAACCUCGAGCUGCAUCUUCCAUCAGUAGUGAGUCAUCUCCAGUUUCUUCCCCGGCCACCAAUCACAGUUCCCCGGUCAGUACGCCCAAGAGGGGUCCCCUUGGUCCAGGAACUGUCCUGGUUCCCCCAGUGGUCCACAGUGUGCCAAAUACCCCGCCUGUAGUCACCAUUGCUCCAACAAAGACUAGCAACGGCCUGUGGAGAAACGAGGGGCGCCAGGCUGACUCAGGACCUCGUGGGGCUAGCAGAGAGCGUCUGGGUGCUGAGGGGUCCAUCUCCCAGGAGAAAGGUGGUCCCUCGGUCCCUGCUCACCUCCUGGGAAACCCCUAUGCCUUCGGCCUCACCCCUGGUGCCGUCAUGCAGGAUUCCCGGUUCCAGCCCCUUAACCUGCCCAGACAGUUGCCCAAUGCAGUGCCUCCUGGUCAUGUGCCAGAAGAGUAUUUGCGGGGUUUCAGGCCUUAUGCCACAACUGAGGAUGCCCUCAGGAUGCCAUCUCUGCCCUUGGGUCUGGACCCUGCAACGGCAGCCGCUGCAGCCGCCUACUACCACCCCAGCUACCUGCCCCACCCUUCCUUCACACCAUAUAGGAUGGAUGACCCAUUCUGCCUUUCUGCUUUGAGGUCACCUUUCUAUCCACUGCCAGCAGGGGGAGCGUUACCUCCCAUACACCCCUCUGCUGUUCACAUGCACCUGUCAGGAGUGCGCUACCCCGGAGACUUCACACACCCUUCCCUAUCAGCACUGCAGUCGGAGAGGCUUCAGCUGGAAGAUGAGCUGCGGCAGCGUGACAGGGAGCGCGAGCGAGAAAAAGAGCGGGAGCGGGAGGCAGAGCGGGAGAAGGAGCGGGAGAGAGAGCGGGAGCGUGAAAGAGAACGGGAGAAGGAGUUGGAGAGGGAAAGGGAACGCCAGCGGGAACGGGAGCGUGAGAAAGAACGAGAGAGGGAGAGGGAGAGGGAAAAGGAAAAGGAAAUAGAGAGGCAGAAGGAGAGGGCACUGAGGGAGAAAGAGCUGCAGGCGGCCAAAGCCAUGGAUAACCACUAUCUUGCAGAGCUCCACGCCAUGAGGGCACAGGAAGAACGAACCAAGCCUGAGAGACUAACUCCUAAUCGGGCUGAUAAAACCAAAGAGCCCGCUCUUCCAGCUCCCAAACCGGUCCCCCCUGGAAUCCACUCCUCCAUAGUCCCCCCACACCACCCUGUUCCGGGUCUCAUUCCAGGCCACAGCCUCUACAUGGGGCCCAGCUCUGUAGCCGCAGGUCUCUCUGCCUCAAUGAUCGCUCAGAGGACCAAUGAAGAGGAGAGGUGGUUGGCACGGCAACGCAAGUUGCGUCAAGAGAAAGAAGACCGUCAGUACCAGGUGUCUGAGUUCCGCCAGCAGGUUCUGGAGCAGCAUCUGGACCUGGGUCGGCCAGCUGACGUACCAGAUCACAGGACAGAAUGUCAUAGAUCUAUACCAAAUCACCAUGAACAAGGAGGCAGGGACAUUCACCCUCACUUAGGUGCCCCUCCACCACUCAUCUCACCAAAACCUACCCAGCCACCGCGCGAACAACACCCACCGCCCCCCACAACACUCUGGAACCCCGCGUCUCUCAUUGAAACCGCUUCAGAGUCCAGACGGAACCACGAGCCCUCAGGGAUGGGACACUAUGAGCUCAGUUUGAUGCCCCCGGGUCCCUCCAAAUAUGAAGAUGGACCCCAACGGAGAGAAGUGGAGAAAUAUCCUCCUCUUAGAGGUCCCCCAGGCUUGCCGGAGCCUAGCACUUUCCUUGCCGAUCUAGAGAAAUCCACCCAGAGUUUUCUAAGCCAACAGAGGGCCUCGCUGUCACUGUCGAGCCAGUACGAAAUGGAAGGUCCGGUCAAAAGUAGUGCUGGACUGAAGAACUUCCAGGGGCAUCCAGCGCACAGUAGGCACGGUUUAGGACUUGGAAUAAUCCCUGGAACGUCAGUGGGGCAGCUGUCUUCUACAGGGAUGGGGUCUGAAAUGAUGCUGAUCUACGAUGAGUUUCUGCAGCAGCACCGGAGGCCUGUCAGUAAACUGGACCUGGAGGAGAAGAGGAGAAGGGAAGCCAGAGAGAAAGGUUACUACUAUGAGCUGGAUGACUCGUACGAUGAGAGUGAUGAAGAAGAGGUGAAGGCCCAUCUCAGGAGAGUUGCAGAGCAGCCCCCCCUCAAACUUGAUGAUUCCUUGGAGAAACUGGAUUUCCUGGGAGUGUUUGGCCUAACCACUGUAGCCCAGCGUGAUGAGCUUGUGCAGCAGAAGAGAAGGAAGAGGAGAAAGAUGCUCAGGGAACGCAGCCCUUCCCCUCCUGCCUCGCAAUCUAAACGCACGCCACCUCCUCUUCAGCUCAGCACGCGCUUCACCCCUGAGGAGAUGGACCGAGCUCCAGAACUGGAGGAUAAGAAGCGAUUUCUCACCAUGUUUAAACUGUCCCAUGUCACCGUACAGCAGAGGAGAGAUAACGAAAAAGUGAUUGAGCUUCUUCAAGCCAUUAAAGAGAAGAGCAUAACCUUAGACAACAUCCGACAUGCAACUCAUCCGCUGUGCAAGAGCCCUCCAACGCAGAUCUCUGAACCAGCAUCUGCGCAGCACCCCUCUGAAUCAGAAGACCACCACGUUGUCCGACCACAGAGUUCCUCCUCACAUUGCCUAGCAUCCACCAGUGACCAUCCCAAACCCCACGGGGAGACGCUAAGACCAAAAGCGGCCCCCUCGCCAGCUGUCCACCCAGACAAGACCCGGGGCCCCAGUGAGGGAUCCAUCUCAAGGAGGAGCUCCAGCCUGCUCAGCAGUUUGCGGCCCCCACUCUCUCUGCAGGCUAAAGAGGGGCUUCACAGCGUCAACGGGCGCACGAAACCCUGGGACAGCUUUACUCCUGAGGAAUUUGCCCAGCAGUUCCAUGAAUCUGUGCUUCAGUCCACGCAGAAAGCUCUGCAGAAAAACAAAGGUGCAACCACAGGGAACUCCGAGUCCUCCCACCUCCAGGAGUCGUCCGUUCACUACAACAUUCCUGAGCUUCAGAGCGCCCCCGGCCGACCCCCGCAGUCCAGCGCCCCCCCAUUUCCCCACCCGCUUUCCAACUCUCACUCCCAGUCUAACGGGCAGCACUUUCAAAUCCCCCCCCACAAGGAGGCCUCAGGGAUGAGAGAGGACCUGUCGGGUCCAGAGGACUCUGGGGAGGAAGAGGAAGAAGAGGAGGAGGAAGAUGAAGCACCAAGUUUCAAGUGGCAGGGAAUAGAAUCUAUAUUUGAAGCUUAUCAGGAAUAUGUUGAAGAGCAAAGUUUGGAGCGGCAAGUUUUGCAAAGCCAGUGUCGAAGACUUGAAACUCAGAACUACAACCUCAGUCUGGCUGCUGAGCAGCUCUCUCAUACCAUGGGGGAGCUGAUGUCCCAGAGACAGAAGCUGGCAGUGGAAAGGGAAAUGCUGCAAGCAGAGCUGGAGCACUAUAGGAAGUGUUUGACACUGCCACAAACACACUGGCCAAGAGGCGGCCAUUACAAAGGCUACCCUCCAAGGUGACCCUGACACACCAGUCUGACUCCCCCCUGCCCGCCCCCGGCCUUAGCCACCUCUCCUUUGUACUAAGAAUUUAUUUUUCAUGGCUUGGUCCUCUAAACUCCGUGGAGGAGAACACGGCUGGCUGGAGAACGAUGAGUGAGUGGAUGGACCGAGUGAAUGAGUAGCUGAAUGCACGAGAGACACUAUCCUUCAGCAAAGGACACUUAGUGUUUGCAUUGUGCCUAGCCAGGGACUGCACCACAAGCCACUAACGUGUGCCAAUGUAGCCAACCCAAGAUCAGUGGGAGGGUGGUGCAGGAGAAGCUCAAUCAAGACCAACACACGCCGGCGCUCACACAUUCGUCAACCCCUGAUGCUCUUUUGCUCUGCCCACGCGUCCCUUCACGCCACAGCCACACAGACAAUCCUGCCAAUGAGGGAGCAGCUACCCCCGGAGGGGCAUCAUCACAAGACUUGAAAGCUCCAGAUCUCCAAACGAAAGCUUCUGGUCAGUUGGGACAGAUUUUUGGUUUUGGCCGAGUGAGCUUUCGAACUGGAAAUGCACUUAAAAGCUGAAGAACUACCUGGUGGUACUGUGUUACAAGGAAGAACUGUUCAAAUUAGGGAAGAAAAUGCACAUUUUUUUGGAAUGAAUUAAGAAAAUGUUUUAUUUCGAAAUAGAAAAUUUGAAAAUAAGAAUUUAAAAAAAGGUUGCUCAGCCUUGUAUUGUAUAUAAAAUGAAGACUUAAAAGAAUUUUGUAUGUUUUUAUUACUUUAAUCAUUGUUCUUUUAAAAGAAAGCCUGCCAUUUUUAUAUGUUUAUGCUUUUUUGGGGGGGUUGGUAAAGAAAGCCUUGCUUUUAGUGUUUGUACUGCUGCUGGCCGGAACAGCUCAUUUUGAGACGAUUAACAGAGUGAGGGGAAGUAGGAAGCCCUCCUGCUCUUAUUCUGUCUUGGCACUGCGCAGCUAAGACCCAGCCACCGCCGCCUCACCCGGCCUCCGAGCCCAGCGAAGCUGACUCGGAGGCAGCCAGACGCCCUCCCAUCCCUUCACAGCAACCCGUCUCCUGUCGGAACAGCUCUGCUUCACUGAUGCUGGCAUGACUUGAAAUUCCUCAUUCAGAAACCAGACUCAGCUGGUUCCAAUAUUUAUAGAAACGCUCACAGGAAUUACUUGAUUCUAUGAAGACAUGAAGGCUUACAGGUUUCUGAUGCUUUAUCUCACCAUUGGACCUUCACUUUUACUUUUUAAGACUUUUACAUAGCAUUGGAUUCACAAUAUGACUAUUUAUCUUAAUGUUAGACUCUAUGAGGCCAGGCCCUCACUGCAGCCAUUGAAAGAUACAGUGCCAAAGAGGAAAUAAAAUAAAGUGGCAUUUGGGAUUUUUUUUUUUAACUUUUACAGGAAUUGCAAUUGGGUAGCCAAACACUCCAAAAAAUGAAAGAAAGAAAGUCCCUGUUUUUAUGUUUAAUAUUUUUGGCCUGUUUUAAUAACUUCUCCUUGUACCUGAAGUUGCCAAAAUGUAGUAACAGAAACUCCUCCGUUCUACCAUCGUUUGAUCCAACGCCCCGAAAAUGUUGUCCGUCUUUAGGUCACGGCGUCAAAAGUCUAAAGACAUCCCAACAUCGAAACCCACUGCAGUUAGUUGGAAAGACUGAAGCACAAGUCCACACACACCAUUUUACUUCCAAGUGCCUCAGUGAUUUGGGAGCAUGUGAAUGAGUUGCAGUCCACGUGGACGCCAAACAUCAGUGAUCAGGGACUCACAUCUUACAUUCAAGUGUCUACUGUCCGUCUCCCACCAAAUACGAGAUCCGACACUAAAAUUCCUCUGUCUAAUCACGCCCCCUCCCCGUUCCACUCCCGAGACCUAACUUUUUAUGAGGUCCAAGCCACAUCAGAAGAGUAAAGAGUGUUUGUUGUUUUCACACAGCAGUAGAGAGCCACUGGUGCAGCCUGUCAGUAGAACAAGGGAGCAUGCAUGCUGACGUAAGCUGCCAAUCCGCUGGGGGCGGGGACGGUGCAGGAAGAGGAGGGUCUCAGUCGGCCCCGCCUGCACCGCCCAACCCACGCACGCCCAUGCAAUAGCCCUGUUACUCAGUGGAGGAUGUCUAGAUGCUGUGAAAUCCUGUUUUUAAAAUGUACUUGUUUGCAUUCAUUGUAAUGUAAUAUAUUCUUUGUUGAAUGUAGUAAUUAGGUAUUUAUGAAUAUAUGGCUGUGAUUUCAGACAAAUAAGAAAAUAAAAUUCUUCAAAAAGGA